AUGCCGGCCCCGUGGAGCAUCCCGGCCCCGUGCAGCAUCCCAGCCCCGUGCAGCACCCAGAUCCUAUGCAGCAUCCCGGCUCCGUGCAGCACCCUGUUCCCACGGAGCAUCCCGGCCCCGUGCCGCACCUGGAUCCCAUGCAGCAUCCCGCAUCCCAGCUCCAUGCAGCACCCUGGCCCCGUGUGGGACGCGGCUCCGGCCCGGCUCUACCUGCGCUCGCAGCCCGGCGGCGACGCGGGGCUCUCCCAGCUGUGUCUCCGGGACGUGGACAUGGAUCUCACGAGCGUGGGGAAGGUCUCCGCAGCCUCCCGCGGCUCCAGGGCUCUGCCCGGCGCUCCGGGGCACUCAGAGGUGCCAGGUCCCUCUUGCAGAGCCGCUGCGCACAGGGAAACGCGGUCGCUGUUCGGGAAGCGGCGCUCGGCCUCCCCGGAACGCACCGAGCAGGAGACGGGCUUGGAAAACGUGAUGUCCACAGACAUUGUGCUCAGAGCCCUCGGCGUCUCCUCACGCGGGCAGGAGGUGGAGGCAGCGCGGGCAGCCGGCUCAGGCGGCGCCGCGGGCUCUGCCGCUGCGCUCAGGAAUCCCAGAUCUCGGAAAUACUCCGUGCCAUGGAGAGCGGAGUCCGCGAGCAGGUCCUCGGUGCUGCUGUGCGCGUCUGCGGCGGCGACGUCCAGCUCCAGGGACGAGUCCUGCGAGGGGGGCGCAGCUCAGCGCGCCGGCCCGGCCGCCCUUCCCGCAUCCCGGCCCGCUUCCCGGCCGGCUUGCCCUCGGAGCCUGCGGGAGACAGGAGCCACAUGGAGACCCGGCCGGCCCGGAGGCGGGAGCGACUCGGAGCAGAAAACCCUCCUGGUGUCUAAUCCGGCAGCGCUGGCGCCGGGCGCGUGCGACGCACGGGGGUUUUCCCUGCGCGGGAGAACAAGAGCAGGACACGGCAAGAUGCCAGGCCGACCCAACGGGAAUGAGGGGAAACCGCUGGAAACCCGGCCUGCUCUGGAAAAGUCGCGGCUGAAAACAUCAGCGUGA